CACAAUUCGUAGGUGGUGCGUUUCUUGGCUUCUUUCGGCAGCAACGAUGCAGAUCUUUGUGAAAACCCUGACUGGCAAGACGAUCACUCUCGAGGUGGAGAGCUCGGACACCAUCGACAAUGUUAAGACGAAGAUUCAGGACAAGGAAGGGAUUCCUCCGGACCAGCAGCGUCUCAUCUUUGCAGGUAAGCAGCUAGAGGACGGCAGGACCUUGGCGGACUACAACAUCCAGAAGGAGUCUACCCUCCAUCUCGUCCUGCGGCUGCGCGGCGGGAUGCAAAUCUUUGUGAAGACCCUGACCGGCAAGACGAUCACUCUCGAGGUGGAGAGCUCGGACACCAUCGACAAUGUUAAGACGAAGAUCCAGGACAAGGAGGGAAUUCCCCCGGACCAGCAGCGACUUAUCUUCGCUGGGAAGCAGCUCGAGGAUGGGCGGACUCUGGCGGACUACAACAUCCAGAAGGAGUCGACCCUCCAUCUCGUCCUGCGCCUCCGUGGUGGCAUGCAGAUUUUCGUCAAGACCCUGACUGGCAAGACCAUCACUCUGGAGGUGGAGAGCUCGGAUACGAUUGACAACGUCAAGACUAAGAUCCAGGACAAGGAGGGAAUUCCCCCGGACCAGCAGCGUCUCAUCUUUGCCGGGAAGCAGCUCGAGGAUGGGCGUACCCUGGCGGAUUAUAACAUCCAGAAGGAGUCGACCCUCCAUCUCGUCCUUCGUCUGCGUGGUGGAAUGUAAGUAACCUCUCUUCCAUGUAAUAAAGAACACACUGCCGCUUUCAACACCA